CGCCAGGCCGUCAUGCUGCCCGAGGGGGAGGACCUCAACGAGUGGAUUGCUGUCAACACUGUGGAUUUCUUCAACCAAAUCAACAUGUUGUACGGGACCAUCACAGAAUUCUGCACAGAGAGCAGCUGCCCUGUCAUGUCUGCAGGGCCCAGGUACGAGUACCACUGGGCCGACGGCACCAACAUCAAGAAGCCCAUCAAGUGCUCGGCGCCCAAAUACAUCGACUACCUGAUGACGUGGGUGCAGGACCAGCUGGACGACGAGACCCUCUUUCCCUCCAAGAUCGGUGUCCCCUUUCCCAAGAACUUCAUGUCGGUGGCCAAGACGAUCCUGAAGCGGCUCUUCCGUGUCUACGCCCACAUCUACCACCAGCACUUCGACUCGGUGAUCCGGCUGCAGGAGGAGGCCCAUCUCAACACCUCCUUCAAGCACUUCAUCUUCUUCGUGCAGGAGUUCAACCUGAUUGACAGGAGGGAAUUGGCUCCUCUGCAGGAACUGAUUGAGAAGCUGGGCUCCAAGGACAGAUAAAACAUUCCUGGGGGGACCCUUCUGGCCUCUCCUUUCUGCUUCUUCUUCAGCCACCUCAGCGCUUGGCUCCAGGAAUGCUGGGCACACCAAGUGGCUCCACUCCUGCUGUGCAGCCCCCACUGGGCUCCUCUGCCCCACAGCUGUGGGCUGGGUGAAGGUGGAGCAGGUUUUGGCCCUCACAGGGUGACAUUCCAAGUCCUGCACAGCUGCUUCCUGCUCCCAGAGUUUCCCUCUGGGCUCUGCAGCCGCCUGGCCGGGGCUGAGAGUGGCUCAGCUUAUUUUUGGAAGUGCUUUUUUUAGGAUAAGAGGUGCACUUUGGCCCAGAGCCUUAAAGCUCCCCUUGGCAGCAGCACCGAGGGGGGGAAAGAAGUGCCUGGUCCCAGGGGGGUGUCCCUGUCCCUGGGAGGGAGGAGCAGCCCUGGGGUGUCCCAUGGAUGGGGGGGGACACGAGGGACCCUCCUGUGUGG